AGAGAGCGACCAGCCCUGAGAUCGUGUAAUUCCUAUAGUCCUUUCACUACACGAGAAUAAGCUGUCACAAUGGGUGAUGCGGCAAUGGCAGACUUUGGGGCAGCUGCCCCCUUCCUCAGGAAGUCGGACAAGGAGCGCCUGGAAGCUCAAACCCGAAUAUUUGAUAUCAAGACUGAGGUCUUUAUCCCUGACGUAGUGGAGGAGUUUGUAAAAGCCAAAAUCAUCAGCCGCGAAGCUGGGAAAGCGACAGCUGAAACAGCCGCUGGAAAGACAGUCACUGUGAAGGACACAGACAUCCACCAGCAAAACCCUCCAAAGUUCGAUAAAAUUGAGGACAUGGCGAUGCUCACCUUCCUGCAUGAGCCGGCUGUGCUUUAUAACCUCAAAGAGCGUUACGCAGCCUGGAUGAUUUAUACAUACUCAGGUCUCUUCUGUGUGACAGUGAAUCCCUACAAGUGGCUCCCUGUGUACAAUGCAGAGGUGGUGUCUGCUUAUCGUGGGAAGAAGAGGAGUGAAGCUCCCCCCCAUAUAUUUUCCAUCUCUGACAAUGCUUAUCAGUACAUGCUGACAGAUCGUGAGAACCAGUCCAUCCUUAUCACUGGAGAAUCUGGUGCUGGGAAGACUGUGAAUACCAAGCGUGUCAUUCAGUACUUUGCCAGCAUUGCAGCCAUUGGUGGCAAAAAGGAUGCAGCCGGUGCCAACAAGGGGACUCUGGAAGAUCAAAUCAUCCAGGCUAACCCUGCUCUGGAGGCUUUUGGCAACGCCAAGACAGUCAGAAAUGACAACUCCUCUCGAUUUGGUAAAUUCAUCCGAAUUCACUUUGGUGCUUCUGGGAAACUGGCGUCUGCUGAUAUUGAGACCUAUCUCCUGGAGAAAUCUCGCUGCAUCUUCCAGCUGAAGUCUGAAAGAAAUUAUCACAUCUUCUACCAGAUCUUGUCCAAUAAGAAGCCAGAGCUUCUGGACAUGAUGCUUGUUACCAAUAACCCAUACGACUAUUCAUACAUAUCCCAAGGAGAAGUAACAGUGGCCUCCAUAGAUGAUUCUGAAGAGCUCCUUGCUACAGAUAGUGCCUUCGAUGUCCUGGGUUUCACAGCUGAGGAAAAGGUUGGGAUUUACAAGAUGACAGGAGCUAUCAUGCAUUCUGGGAACAUGAAGUUCAAGCAGAAACAGCGUGAGGAGCAAGCAGAGCCUGAAGGGUCUGAGGAGGCUGAUAAAGCUGCGUUCCUAAUGGGUCUCAAUUCUGCUGACCUACUGAAGGGUUUGUGCCACCCUAGGGUCAAAGUCGGCAAUGAGUAUGUCACCAAAGGGCAGAAUGUCCAGCAGGUAAAUUACUCUAUUGGUGCUCUGGCCAAGUCAGUGUAUGAGAAGAUGUUCCUGUGGAUGGUGGUGAGAAUUAACACCACGCUGGAGACCAAGCAGCCCAGACAAUACUUCAUAGGAGUGCUGGAUAUCGCAGGAUUCGAGAUCUUUGAUUUUAACAGCUUUGAGCAGCUCUGUAUUAACUUCACAAAUGAGAAGCUCCAACAGUUCUUUAACCACCACAUGUUUGUGCUGGAGCAAGAGGAGUACAAGAAGGAGGGGAUCGAGUGGGAGUUUAUAGAUUUUGGCAUGGACUUGCAGGCCUGCAUUGACCUCAUAGAGAAGCCCAUGGGUAUCAUGUCCAUCCUUGAAGAGGAAUGCAUGUUUCCAAAAGCAAGUGAUUUGACCUUCAAAGCCAAACUGUAUGACAAUCACCUGGGAAAGUCCAACAACUUCCAGAAGCCAAGGAACUUAAAAGGAAAGCCUGAGGCUCACUUUGCCCUUGUGCACUAUGCGGGCACCGUGGACUAUAACAUUAUGGGCUGGCUGGAGAAGAACAAGGACCCCCUUAAUGAGACAGUGGUGGGACUGUACCAGAAAUCCUCCCUCAAACUGUUGGCACAUUUGUUUGCUAAUUACGCUGCUUCCGAUUCAGACACUGGAAAAGGGAAAGGUGGGAAGAAGAAGGGGUCUUCCUUCCAGACAGUAUCUGCUCUGCACAGGGAGAACCUAAACAAGCUGAUGACCAACCUCAAAACCACCCACCCUCACUUUGUACGUUGUAUUAUUCCCAAUGAACGAAAGUCUCCAGGGGAAAUGGAUAAUCCACUUGUGAUGCACCAGCUGAGAUGUAACGGUGUACUUGAAGGGAUCCGAAUCUGCAGGAAGGGAUUCCCUAACCGCAUCCUUUAUGGAGACUUCCGGCAGAGAUACCGAAUCCUGAACCCUGCAGCCAUUCCUGAGGGACAGUUCAUAGAUAGCAAGAAGGGUGCAGAAAAACUUCUGGGAUCUCUAGAAAUUGAUCACACUCAAUACAAGUUUGGACACACCAAGGUGUUCUUUAAGGCUGGCCUUUUGGGUUUGCUAGAGGAAAUGAGAGAUGAGCGCCUCUCUAAAAUUAUAACACGCAUCCAGGCACAGUCUCGAGGACUGCUGAUGAGAAGAGAGUUUAAAAAGAUUUUGGAGCGCAGAGAUGCCCUCCUAGUAAUUCAGUGGAACAUCCGAGCUUUCAUGGGUGUGAAGAACUGGCCAUGGAUGAAACUUUAUUUUAAGAUUAAACCUCUGCUGAAGAGCGCAGAAACUGAAAAGGAGAUGGCAAAUAUGAAGGAGGAGUUUGGAAGACUGAAAGAAGCUCUGGAGAAAUCAGAGGUCCGACGCAAAGAGCUUGAGGAGAAGAUGGUGUCCAUGCUGCAGGAAAAGAAUGAUCUGCAGUUGCAAGUCCAGGCUGAACAAGAUAAUCUAAAUGAUGCUGAUGAGCGAUGUGAACAACUGAUUAAGAACAAAAUCCAGCUGGAGGCCAAGCUAAAGGAGCAAACAGAGAGACUGGAGGAUGAAGAGGAGAUGAACGCUGAGCUGACGGCAAAAAAGAGGAAGCUGGAAGAUGAAUGUUCUGAGCUCAAGAAGGAUAUUGAUGAUCUUGAGCUGACUCUGGCCAAAGUGGAGAAAGAGAAGCACGCCACAGAAAAUAAGGUCAAAAACCUAACUGAAGAAAUGGCUGCUUUGGAUGAAAUUAUUGCUAAAUUGACCAAGGAGAAGAAAGCCCUCCAAGAGGCUCACCAGCAGACACUUGAUGAUCUUCAGGCUGAGGAGGAUAAAGUCAAUAGCUUAACUAAAGCUAAGGCCAAGCUAGAACAGCAAGUUGAUGAUCUGGAAGGUUCUUUGGAACAAGAGAAGAAAGUCAGAAUGGAUCUAGAGCGAGUGAAGCGAAAGAUGGAAGGGGACUUGAAAUUAACACAGGAAAAUGUGAUGGAUCUGGAGAAUGACAAGCAACAGCUAGAAGAGAAGCUGAAGAAGAAAGAGUUUGAAUUAAGCCAACAAACCAGCAAGAUUGAAGAUGAGCAAAUAAUGGGCAUGCAACUUCAAAAAAAAUUAAAAGAGCACCAGGCUCGUAUUGAAGAAUUGGAAGAAGAACUAGAAGCUGAGAGGACAGCUCGAGCCAAGGUGGAGAAACUUCGCUCUGACCUAUCAAGAGAGCUGGAAGAGAUCAGCGAACGUCUAGAGGAGGCUGGAGGAGCAACCUCGGUGCAGCUGGAGCUGAACAAGAAGAGGGAAGCAGAGUUCCUGAAACUAAGGAGGGACCUGGAGGAAUCCACCUUACACUCAGAGGCCACAGCAGCUACCCUGAGGAAGAAGCAUGCAGACACUGUAGCAGAGCUGAGUGAGCAGAUAGACAACCUCCAGAGAGUGAAACAGAAGCUGGAGAAGGAGAAGAGUGAAUUCAAACUGGAGCUGGAUGAUGUGGCGUCCAACAUGGAACAAGUGGUGAAAUCCAAGGCCAAUCUAGAGAAGAUGUGUCGCACAUUAGAGGAUCAAAUGAAUGAGCAUCGAACCAAGUAUGAAGAGACACAGAGAACGCUCAAUGAUUUCACCUCCCAGAAAGCCAAGCUGCAGACAGAAAAUGGUGAGCUGGCACGCAGGCUGGAUGAAAAAGAGGCACUGGUGUCACAACUUACCCGGGGUAAACAGACUUACACCCAGCAGAUGGAGGAUCUGAAAAGGCAGAUGGAAGAGGAAUCCAAGGCUAAAAAUGCACUUGCCCAUGCCCUGCAAUCAGCCCGCCAUGACUGCGACCUUCUUCGAGAACAAUAUGAGGAAGAGCAGGAAGCCAAAGCAGAGCUGCAGAGAGUGUUGUCCAAAGCCAACUCUGAGGUAGCGCAGUGGAGAACCAAGUAUGAAACUGAUGCCAUCCAGAGAACUGAAGAACUGGAGGAGGCCAAGAAGAAAUUGGCACAAAGACUGCAAGAGGCUGAGGAGGCUGUAGAAGCAGUGAAUGCCAAAUGCUCAUCCCUGGAAAAGACCAAGCACAGAUUACAGAAUGAGAUUGAAGACUUGAUGGUGGACCUGGAGCGGUCAAAUGCUGCAGCUGCUGCACUGGACAAGAAGCAAAGGAACUUUGACAAGAUCCUUGCUGAAUGGAAGCAGAAAUAUGAGGAGUCCCAGACAGAGCUUGAGUCUGCACAGAAAGAGGCUCGUUCUUUGAGCACUGAGCUCUUCAAGCUGAAGAACGCCUAUGAGGAGUCUUUAGAACAUAUGGAAACCUUCAAGAGAGAGAAUAAGAACUUACAGGAGGAAAUAUCAGACCUGACAGAACAGCUGGGAGAGGGUGGAAAGAGCAUCCAUGAGUUGGAGAAGAUCCGUAAACAGCUGGAGCAAGAGAAGAUGGAGUUGCAGUCUGCCCUGGAGGAGGCUGAGGCUUCCUUGGAACAUGAAGAAGGCAAAAUUUUGCGUGUUCAGCUGGAAUUUAACCAGAUUAAGUCUGAGAUUGAACGAAAAUUGGCAGAAAAAGAUGAAGAAAUGGAACAACUCAAAAGGAACAAUCAGCGUGUGGUGGACUCACUGCAAACCUCCCUUGAAUCUGAAACAAGGAGCCGUAACGAAGCCUUAAGGAUCAAGAAAAAAAUGGAAGGAGAUUUGAAUGAGAUGGAAAUCCAGCUAAGUCAGGCCAACCGUGUAGCUGCUGAAGCACAGAAACAACUGAAAGUGGCACAUGGAAAUCUCAAGGAUGCACAGAUUCAGUUGGAUGACACAAUACGAGCUAAUGAGGAACUUAAGGAGAACAUUGCAAUUGUGGAAAGAAGAAAUAUGCUGCUUCAGGCAGAGCUGGAGGAACUGCGAUCGCUAGUGGAACAGACAGAGCGAGCACGCAAACUUGCUGAACAAGAGCUUAUAGAGACCAGUGAGAGAGUACAGCUACUCCACACCCAGAACACAAGUCUUAUAAACCAGAAGAAGAAAAUGGAGUCUGACCUGGCUCAGCUUCAGUCAGAAGUGGAGGAAGCAGUACAGGAAUGUCGCAAUGCAGAGGAGAAAGCUAAGAAAGCCAUCACUGAUGCUGCCAUGAUGGCAGAGGAACUGAAGAAGGAGCAGGACACAAGUUCCCAUUUGGAAAGAAUGAAAAAGAACAUGGAGCAAACUAUCAAGGACCUUCAGCAGCGGCUGGACGAGGCUGAGCAGAUUGCCAUGAAGGGUGGGAAAAAGCAACUGCAGAAACUGGAGGCUCGAGUCCGUGAACUAGACAAUGAGCUAGAUGCAGAGCAAAAGCGCAACGCUGAAUCUGUGAAAGGAAUGAGGAAAUAUGAGAGGCGCAUUAAAGAACUCACGUACCAGACAGAGGAAGACAAGAAGAACUUGGCUCGUCUUCAGGACCUUGUUGACAAGCUGCAGCUCAAAGUGAAAGCUUAUAAGAGACAGGCGGAGGAGGCUGAGGAACAAGCCAAUACAAAUCUGUCUAAGUUCCGUAAGGUUCAGCAUGAGCUGGAUGAGGCUGAAGAACGAGCAGACAUUGCCGAGUCCCAGGUCAACAAACUAAGAGCCAAAACUCGAGACAUAGGUGGUAAGCAGAAACUCCAUGAAGAGGAGUAGAGUGGAAGAAACUUCCCUCCUACCAACACAUUUUUCUAAAUUGUACAUAUUGUGUAAAACCAGCUCCUAAUAAAGAGUGACUGCAAACUACAAAA